AAAGCAAAUCUGGUUCUUUGCCCUACGAAGUUCGAAAAAAGCUAGAGGAGGGACUGAGGAAGAUGGCGCAUAGAAUACUGAGAGAUCACGACGCUGAUGGCUGGGAACGCUCCGACUUCCCCAUCAUCUGCGAGUCUUGUCUCGGUGACAAUCCUUAUGUCCGAAUGACAAAAUCUGAAUACGACAAGGAGUGCAAGAUCUGCACCCGACCGUUCACUGUGUUCAGAUGGCGACCCGGGCGUGACGCAAGAUACAAGAAAACCGAAGUUUGUCAGACAUGCUGCAAGCUAAAAAACGUGUGCCAAGUCUGUCUCUUGGACCUCGAGUACGGUCUCCCUGUCCAGGUCAGAGACACGGCCCUCAACAUCACUACUCACGAUUCCAUCCCCAAAAGCGAUGUCAACAGAGAGUUCUUCGCCGAAGAGCAUGAUCGAAAGACGAGAGCUGGAUUAGAUUAUGAGUCGUCUUUUGGGAAGAUCCGUCCUAAUGAUACUAUUCGUAUGCUUCAAAGAACGACGCCGUAUUACAAGAGGAACCGAGCGCAUGUUUGUAGUUUCUUCAUUAGGGGUGAGUGUACUAGAGGCGAGGAGUGUCCUUACCGCCACGAGAUGCCUGAGACUGGAGAGUUAUCUCAGCAGAACAUCAAAGACCGUUACUAUGGUGUGAACGAUCCGGUGGCGUUGAAGUUACUUGGGAAGGCUGGUGAGAUGGGGACAUUGGAAACACCAGAUGAUCAGAGCAUCAAAACGCUUUACGUCGGCGGGCUUAACUCUCGAGUCCUCGAGCAAGACAUACGAGAUCAGUUCUACGCCUACGGAGAGAUCGAGUCCAUCAGAAUCUUGGCAGAGAAAGCGUGUGCGUUUGUCACUUACACAACCAGAGAAGGAGCGGAGAAAGCUGCUGAAGAGCUCAGCAACAAGCUUGUUGUCAACGGCCAGAGGCUUAAAAUCUCUUGGGGAAGACCUCAAGUUCCCAGAACCGAUCCAGAUGGCGGCGGCGGGCAGCAACAAGGUGGUGGUGUGGUGGCUCACAGUGGAUUGCUGCCUCGAGCUGUGAUAUCUCAUCAAGAAAGACCGUUUUACCCAUCGAUGGACCCUCAGAGAAUGGGUGCGGUCAUCUCGUCCCAAGACGGUGGUGAUAACAGAGGAGCUUCUUCCUCUUCGUAUCCUAUCCCUCCACAUGGGCAUUAUCAGCAGCACCAGCCGUAUCCUCCACAGCCAUAUGGAGGGUAUAUGCAGCAACCUUACCAGCAUGGUCCACCACAAGCUGCUCAUCUUUAUCCGCAACAACAGCAACCGGGUCCUGGUUCAAGGCCUAAUCCUCCUCCAACAAACUCAGUCUCUGCUCCACCACCUGACUCUGUGUCUGAUCCACCAUUAGGAUCCUCUUCUCAGCAAUCUGCUGAGGCUGCUGUUACUGGUACGUCUUAAUAGAGACCGUUGCCAGUUAUUUCAAUUUUUGCUUCUGUUAUUUAAGUAGACUCCACUGUAUCGACAAUUUGUUUGUGUUAAACUUUAUGACGAAAGUAAUAGAAGAGAUUUGUUUCAGUU